UACAAGAGAGGGAUUGUUGGAGAACUUUCCAAUAAAAAGUUUGCGGAAAUUUCGGACACUCACACACUUUUUAUUCUCACAAACCUUUACUAUAAACUGUAGAGUGGAGGAAAAACUUAACAUAAAUUGGACAGGUUUCUAAAGUCAACCAUUCAUUCGUCAGUCAAGUGUGCAAAUACAGUGGAAUAAACAAUGGACCAAACGGAGAAAGUUAAGAGGUGGUUGUGGCACGCUUUUCACGGCAUCGACAGGAACACUGGCGCCAUUGACCCCACUGAACUCAAGGUUUUGACGGCCCACGUUGGAGCCUCACUAGGUGCUCACAACACAGGCAAAAUCACCGGUAAAGUAAGCGAGAAAUUCAAGUGCAACAGCACGGGUUCCAUCUGCUUCCAAUCUUACCUAGACUUCCUCAAGGAGCAGAACUUCCUCCAGAAUGAGAACAUCGACAACAAGAAGCUGGAAGACACCUGCUGGAUGCUGAGCUUCAAAAAGUACGAGACCCGGGACAACAAGAUCGUCGCUAAUCCGGAACUCAAGAAACUCUGGCAGAUCUUUAACUUCUUAGCGGAGCCUGAGACGUACCCCGUGACUAUCGACCGGGAGGAGAUGGCCCUCUUGAUGGAGAAGCUUGUGCUGGCGCUCGGGAUGAAGUGGGACAUGACCCACUUUGAGUACGUCACCAAGGACCUGAAGACGUUCACCUUCAAUAAGAUGCUGUGUUGUUAUGAGUCGACAUUUGCUAAGGGGAUGGACAAGGCGUCCAUUGCGGAGGCGGUGUUAGAAGUCUAUGAUGAGAUCAUUGAAGAAGUAGAGAAAAAGGGAUUACUUUUUAAGAGGGGUCACAAGAUUAAGAGUUGGAAGGAGCGUUGGUUUGUCUUGAAGCCUGGCUGUUUGUCCUACUACACUAACCGCAACGAGAAGGAGAAAAAAGGAGACGUCUUCAUCACAUCCUGCUGGGAGGCAGAAAAUAUUCCAGACCAGAAGAGCUACAAGAAUGUGUUUGCCAUUUGGACCAAAGAAUGUCAACAGCAAGAGAAGACGAGAUAUGAGUUGAGUGCCCCUGAUCCACGCACUAGACAGGCCUGGCUAAUAGCUGUAAGGGCCAUCAUCCAGAGAGAGCAGACAAAAGGAAAAGGUCAAUACGGGGAGCUUCUGAAGAGACGAGAGAAGAGGAGGCUGCAGAAUAUAAAGCUGGAAGAGGAGAGGAAAUGGAGAGAAGCUGAAUUCUUGGAGAAGAAGAGUAAGGAGAGAGAGAUUGAAGACCUCCAAAAGGCCCAAGAAGCGGCUAAGAGGAAGGCUGCUGAGGAGCUUGCCUUAAGACUCCUCAAUGAGGAGGGGGAGAGGAGACAACGACAGCUAGAGAAGGAAGAAAGAGAACUAGCAGAACGGAAGAUGGAGAGUAUUAAUGCGGCCAAGUUAAAGGCAGAGCGGAGAGUUGAAGAGGAGGCAGCACUGAGGAUAGCCAAGGAGGAGGAGGAGGAAAAAAGGAGAUGGUUAGAGUUACAAGAGAGAGAACGACAGACAAAGGAACUGGAGGCUGUCAAUGCUGCCCGCCUUGAGGCAGUUCACCGUGCCAAUGAAGAGGCUAGACUGAGGAAGCUUAAGGAGGAGGAAGAGAAAGAGAGGAGGCGCUUGGAUGACCAAGACCGAGCGCAGCAAGCCAAGGAACUGGAAGAAGUCAAAGCAGCUCGACUGGCUGCAGAAAAGAAGGCAGAGGAAGAAGCUAAGCUGAGAAAAGCCAAGGAAGAGGAAGAGGAGAAGAGGCAUCUUCUUGAGGAUGAAGAGAGAGCCAGACAAGCGCAGCAACUUGAGGAGCUCAGGAUGGCCUGUGCUGAUGCAAGUAAACAAGCUAAGCUUGAAGAGGCCCUGAAGGAGGCAGAGAAGGAACGUAAGGCUGAGCUUGAAGCCCUCAUGGAGCACAUGAGGAUUGCCUUAGAAGAAGAGAGGAAAGCCAGGACAGACGCUGAGGAGGCCAGGGCACUACAUCAAAGACUCUUGGAGCAGGAGGCUCGAGAGCGGGAGAAAUUCAAAGAGAAACAAGACCGCAUCUUCAAAGAAGAACAGCAAAGACGAGAAGAUCUGGAGCUCAAGAGCGAGGUGUUGAGCAAGCAGCGAGAGGAGAAGGAGGCCCUCCUGGAUAUUGAGAGAGCUCGCUUCAAGGAGUUGGAGAACGAGAGGAUGGCAGCCGAUCAACAACUUAAGGUCGCACUGGAGAAGAUCGACAAGGCGGAAAAGUUGAAGGAGAGAAAAGAGAUGUUACGACGAGAGCUGUUGAAGCCAGUUGGUCUGGCGCGGCCGAUCCAGCCUAGCGCCAAGCCUCUCUUCACCCACCGUGGAUUACCCAAAUUCCUGGAUAAUAAGCUGUACAAGGAGCAACAAGAAUUAAUUCAGGAGAUAGCGGCAAGUGAUAAAACGAGCAACAGUGGGUCAGCUGCGAAUGGUCAUUCGGAGGGUUGUAAUGGUCAGCAGACCAACCAGGAGGAGACAGAAAAUCUAAAUAGGUAGAUGCAACUCAUUCCAUCUGUGGUUGUUUUAGUAUACAAAUAAGUAAUGCUUAUGAGUGUAAUGGUGCAAAUAUUUUCAUAAAAAUUUGGGAAAUGGAAUGUUUUGUUCAAUGAGGUGGAGCCGAGUUGAAUGGAGUAUUAGAAUGAAAAUAUUCUCACUAUAGAAAUUAAAAAACAUUCAAUAUUUGAUUUAUAUAUCUUCCAAGUAGAUCUUAGUCAUUUUGAUUGGAGGAUACAACUUUCAAAAUAAACCAAGCAUACAUUAUUAACUGUGACAUUAGGCUGGCUACAGCCAUUUCUUUUGGUUUGGCUUGUUAGGAGUUAACAGUGACUAAGUUCGUUCUGUAAAACUGCUGGUUUUUUUUGUGACACGUGGAUCAUGCCUUGUGGUCUGUACUGCU